AUGGUUCAAAGCAACGGGCUAGUUAAACAAGUGGAAUAUUUUGAGUAUUUGGAAUGUAUCAUUGACUGUGAUGGUGGAGACUGGGAUGGUGGAGACUGUGAUGGAGGAGGCUGUGAUGGUGGAGACUGGGAUGGUGGAGACUGUGAUGGUGGAGACUGGGAUGGUGGAGACUGUGAUGGUGGAGACUGGGAUGGUGGAGACUGUGAUGGAGGAGGCUGUGAUGGUGGAGACUGGGAUGGUGGAGACUGUGAUGGUGGAGACUGGGAUGGUGGAGACUGUGAUGGUGGAGGCUGUGAUGGUGAAGACUGUGAUGGUGGAGACUGGGAUGGUGGAGACUGUGAUGGUGGAGACUAA